AUGGACGAAAUUAUUAAUCGGCUAAAGAAUAAAGAUAGGGCCAUUCAACAAAAGGCCGCACAAGAUCUUCGUAUACUGGUCGAAGGACAACCUAAUUUAUUAAAUGAAGCGAAUAAAAGAAUAUUUGAAAUGAUGCAAGGGGACACCCCCGAUUCUCAUAAAAUCGGUGAUUCACUGAUAAACAAUAACAUCGAGACAACGACAUUGUCUCGCUUCACGAAUUAUUUGAAAAUGGUUCUUCCGAGUGGAGACCAACAAAUCAUGAUUUUGGCAUCAAAGGCGCUAGGUAAAUUGGCCGCUCCUAACGGUGCAGUAACGGCUAUUUUCGUAAUGCGUGAAGUUAAUACUGCACUGGAAUAUUUGCAAGGGGAUCGUCAGGAAUUAAGAAGAUAUGCAGCAGCACUCGUACUUCGUGAACUUGCACAAAAUGCGCCGACACUAAUAUAUGGGCAUGUACCAGCGAUUCUAGACUCAAUAUGGGUGGGAUUACGCGACCAGAAGCAAAUCAUACGAGAAGCUUCUGCAGAGACCUUGAGCGUUUGUCUCAAAAUUGUGAAUGAACGUGAAACUGUGUUAAAGAUUCAAUGGUAUAACAAGAUAUAUGAUGAAGCCGUAAAAGGCAUAAAAAGUAAUAAUGCAGAUCAGAUACAUGGGGCGCUAUUAGUUUACCGUGAAUUGCUAAAUCAUGCACAAGCAUUUAUGCACGAAAGAUAUAAAAAUGUUUGUGAAACAGUGCAUCGUUACAAAGACCAUCGUGAUAGCCUUAUUCGACGAACUGUAAUUUCACUAAUACCAGUUCUUGCAGAAUUUAAUGAUAAAGAGUUUGUUGCUACAUAUGUUCAAAAAUUUAUGUCGCACCUUUUGAAUCAACUCAAGAAAGAUCGCGACAGGUCCAUUGCUUUUAUAGCAAUUGGGCAGGUGGCAUGUGCAGUAGGAAGUAAUAUGAGCCCUUAUUUAGAUUCUAUUUUAAGCAAUAUCAAAGAAGGUUUAUCUGCAAGAGCCGGAAGCGAAGCCCCCUUAUUCCAAUGUAUUGGCAUGUUAGCCCGAGCAGUUGGUCAAGCACUUACAAAGCACAUGCAUGAACUUUUAGACUUAAUGUUCCAAUGCGGAUUAAGCGAGCAACUUCGACAAGCUCUUACGGAGCUUGCAGUUUUUAUUCCACCGUUACUGCCAAACAUUCAAGAACGUCUUUUAAACACGCUAUCAAAUAUGCUGAGUGGACAACCGUUUCGACCUCCUGGCUCACCAGCACUAGAAGGAAAUGAUUUGAAACGACAUCUUGGAAAUCAGAUGUCGGAAUUAAAAGAUGUAGAGACGAUAACACUCGCAUUGAAAACACUUGGAAGUUUUAAUUUUGAAGGGCACAUAUUAAAUGAAUUUGUCAGAGACUGUGUAGUUCGUUAUUUAGAGCAGGAAAAUCAUGAAGUUCGUGGAGCGGCGGCUCUGACUUGUUGUCAGUUAUUUGCUCGAGAUCCAAUUUUGGAUCAGACUAGUAAUCACUCAAUUCAGGUUGUAAAUGAAGUGUUAGAGAAGCUAUUGACUGUCGGUGUCGCUGACCCUGAUCCAUCGAUUAGAGAGACUGUUCUUUCAAACCUUACCGAAAGGUUUGAUCGGCACCUGGCUCAGGCGGAGAAUAUACGCUCUUUGUUUAUUGCGCUCAAUGACGAAGUAUUUGCAAUUCGCGAAAUUACAAUUAUAAUUAUAGGUCGACUAGCUUCUCAUAAUCCCGCAUAUGUAAUGCCAUCUUUGCGGAAAACAUUGAUUCAACUUUUAACAGAUCGCAACAAAGAAGAAAGUGCUAAGCUACUAGGUUUAUUGGUCUCUGCUUCUCAAAGACUGAUUAAACCAUACGUAGAGUCAAUACUUAAUGCACUAUUACCUAAAUCUCGAGAUCCAAGUCCUGCAGUUGCCUCUAGUGUUUUAGCUGCACUCGGUGAAUUAGCACGUGUAGGAGGGGAAGAUCUAAUUCCCUACUUAGACAACUUAAUGCCACUAAUAAUCGAUGCCUUACAAGACCAAAGCUCUACAGUCAAGCGAGAUGCUGCGCUAAAAACAUUGGGUCAACUUACAAGUAAUACCGGCUUCGUCAUUGAACCAUAUCAAAAAUAUCCUAAAUUGCUUACCAUUCUUACCAAUAUAUUAAAAACGGAGCAGUCUCCCUCGAUACGACGGGAAACAGUUAAAUUGGUGGGAAUUUUGGGUGCUCUAGAUCCUUAUCGACACAAGAUAACGAUCGGAUCUUCAGAUGAUUCUCUAACAGAUCCAAAAUCCUCAAAUACUGACGUUUCCCUUUUGAUGACGGGAAUGGGUCCAACGUCUGAAGAAUAUUAUCCUACAGUUGUAAUAAAUGCACUUAUGAAAAUAUUACGAGAUCCUUCAUUGAGUGCCCACCACACAGCUGUUAUUCAAGCUGUUAUGUAUAUAUUCAAAACUUUGAGUUUGAAAUGCGUUCCGUUUUUGCCACAAAUCACACCAGCUUUCAUAGGAGUAAUGAAGACAUGUCCUUCUGGAAUGCUAGAAUUUUAUUUUCAACAGCUUAGCAUUUUAGUAUCUAUUGUUCAACAACACGUCAGAAAUUACCUUUCGGACAUUUUUGUUUUAGUCGAAACUUUUUGGAAUCCAAGCUCUACUAUUCAAAUUACAAUAAUUCAUCUUGUAGAAGAGAUUGCAAAGGCCCUGGAUGGCGAGUUUAAAAAUUAUCUUCCUAGACUUUUGCCUAUAAUGCUGCAAAUUUUUGAUGAAGACGAAAGUGAUAAGCGACAACCUACUCAAAGAGUUUUACACGCACUUGUAGUAUUUGGCACGAACAUUGAAGAAUAUAUGCACCUUGUUAUUCCUGUAAUUGUCAAACUUUUCGAGAGAACAGAUCUGCCUCCUCAACUACGUAAAUCAGCCAUUGGCACAAUUGGUCAAUUAUCAAAAAAAGUAAACUUUUCGGAUCACGCAUCCAGAAUUAUUCACCCAUUAGCUCGCGUCUUGGCUUCAAAUAACAAUGAAUUAAAAAUGGCUGCAAUGGAUACACUUUGUGCUUUGGUAUUUCAAUUAGGAUCAGAUUAUGCAAUAUUUAUUCCUUUAAUAAACAAAAUUUUACAGAGACACAGGAUUACACAUCCAAACUAUGAUAUGUUAGUUUCUAAGCUUUUAAAAGGCGAACCUUUACCUCAAGAAUUCGGAACAGAAGAAAGGUUUAACGAAGCGCGUAUUGAAGAGACGCCCACUGCUGAAGCAAAUACUAAAAAGUUACCCGUAAAUCAACAACACCUAAAAAAUGCAUGGGAAUGUUCUCAAAGGUCGACAAGAGAUGACUGGCACGAAUGGAUUCGCCGUUUAAGUGUCGAAUUACUUAAAGAGUCGCCUUCACAUGCACUUCGGGCAUGUGCAAGCUUGGCUGGUGUCUACGUUCCCUUAGCAAGAGAAUUAUUUAAUGCAGGAUUCAUAUCAUGCUGGUCAGAGUUGUACUAUCAAUAUAAGGAUGAACUUGUUAGCUCUUUAAUGUCUGCAUUAAGAGCACCAAAUAUUCCCCCUGAAAUUGUUUCUACUAUUUUAAAUCUUGCCGAAUUCAUGGAGCACUACGAUAAACCACUUCCAAUUGAUAUUAGAACACUUGGUAACCAUGCUGAAACUUGUCAUGCAUAUGCUAAAGCGCUUCAUUAUAAGGAGCUAGAAUUUAUGACAGAGUCUUCAACCGAAACUAUCGAAAAACUGAUUCAAAUUAACAACCAACUUCAACUUCCCGACGCUGCUAUUGGUAUUCUUAAACAUGCACAACAAACUCCCGGUUUGCAAGACCUCCAAUUGAAAGAGAAUUGGUAUGAAAAACUUACUCGUUGGGAGGAUGCAUUAGCUGCUUAUAAUAAACGGCGGCAAAGUGAUCCAAACGAUUUUGAGGCAACUUUAGGUGUUAUGCGCUGUCUACAUUCUUUAGGUGAUUUUGAUGGACUUUCAGAACUUGUUCAAGAGAAAUGGCCUGAUGCAUCAAAUGAAAUGCGCAAAGCAAUGUCCACUUACGCGGCUGCAGGUGCUUGGUCUCUAGGCCAAUGGAAUUUAUUGGAAGAUUACAUUCCGACAAUCAAGUCAGAAUCACCAGAUCGAUCAUUUUAUCAAGCAAUACUUGCUUUACAUAAGAACAAAUAUGAUGAGGCAAUUCAGUAUAUCGGUAAAACACGAGAUCUUUUGGAUACUGAACUGACUGCUCUUGUUGGAGAGAGUUACAAUCGUGCAUACAGCGUUGUCGUCCGUGUACAAAUGGUGGCUGAAUUAGAAGAAAUUAUCGCAUACAAGCAAUUUUCUGACCAACCUGAUAGGCAAGCAACCAUAAGGAAAACAUGGAUGAAAAGGCUAAAAGGAUGUCAGCGCAGUGUUGAAGUUUGGCAACAAAUACUUAAAGUGCGAGCACUAGUUAUAGCUCCUAAGGAAAAUAUAGAAAUGUGGAUAAAAUUUGCAAACUUAUGUCGUAAGAGUGAUCGUCUUGAAUUUGCAGAGAAGACAUUGAAGCAACUUUUAGUUGGAGACCAAAAAUUAGAAAAAGUGCACCCAUCGGACUUUACAGCUAGAAUGUCUAAUGACCUUCGUGUUGGAAACAAGGAGCUUCUUGCCCGUUGUUAUCUUAAAAAGGGUGAAUGGCAGAAGGUCCUACAAGAUGAUUGGGAACCGGAAACUAUACCUGACAUAUUGCAAUCAUACUCCCUUGCAACACAACACGAUAAAGAUUGGUAUAAGGCAUGGCAUGCUUGGGCCCUCGCUAACUUCGAAGUGAUAUCACAUUAUGAAAAGCUUAUCGGCACUGAUAAUGAAUCUCAAGAAGAGCAAAACGUUUAUGACAUGCUUGAUGAAGAAAAUGCAGAUCUUUACCAAGAGAUGUUGCGUUACGUGGUUCCUUCCGUGCAAGGCUUCUUUAGGUCCAUUGCUCUUUCUAGAGGCAAUUGUCUGCAAGAUACCUUGCGAUUGCUUACUUUGUGGUUUAAGUACGGUUAUAAUGAGGAUGUUAGCAAGGCCAUUAAACAAGGAUUUGGAAGCGUUAAUAUUGAUACUUGGCUUGAAGUAAUUCCUCAGUUGAUUGCUCGUAUCCAUGCACUAAAUGUUAACGUGCGUGAACUAAUACGUAAUUUGCUCGUUGAUGUUGGUAAAGAACAUCCACAAGCGUUAAUAUACCCGUUAACAGUCGCUUCGAAGUCUCAGAGUCCUUAUAGACAAAUUGCAGCUUCAGCUGUGAUGGAUAAACUGCGGUCUCAUAGUGCAGUUCUUGUUGAACAAGCUCUGUUAGUAAGUCAAGAACUUAUCCGUGUCGCCAUUUUAUGGCAUGAAAUAUGGAUGGAAAAUCUGGAAGAAGCAUCAAGAUUAUACUUUAUUGAUCGCAAUUUCGAAGCUAUGUUCCAAAUUUUGGAUGAAUUACAAGAGCGCCUUGAUCGUGGUCCUGAAACGUUACGAGAGAUGGCAUUUGUUCAAGCAUACGGUCGAGAACUUCAGGAAGCUGGAGGAUGGUGCAAAAAAUAUAAGCAAACUGGUGAUAUGACAUUCCUAGCACAAGCGUGGCAGAUUUAUCAUGAUUUGUUCAAAAAAAUAACGGCGCAAGUUUCAACAAUUACCUCGCUUGAUUUCCAAUACGUCUCUCCAAAAUUACUUGCUGCACGUGACCUGGAAUUGGCAGUACCAGGAACCUACAAGAGUGGAGAAGCUGUGACAAAAAUUGCAAGUUUUGUGCCAACAGUUAACAUUAUUUCUUCAAAACAACGGCCACGAAAAUUAAAUCUGAUUGGAAGUGAUGGUAAAGAAUAUCAAUUUUUAUUAAAAGGCCACGAAGAUUUGCGUCAAGAUGAACGUGUAAUGCAACUAUUCGGUUUGGUUAACACACUUCUUUCUAUCGAUUCUGAGACAUUUAAGCGUCAUUUGAACAUUACAAGAUAUACAGUCACACCACUGACACCGAAUAUUGGACUUCUUGGAUGGGUUCCUAAUUGUGAUACACUUCAUGCUCUCAUUCGCGAUUAUCGCGAAAGUAAAAAAAUUCUACUGAAUCUUGAGCAUCGGUUGAUGUUACAGAUGGCUCCUGACUAUGAUCAAUUAACAAUAAUCGAAAAAGUCGAAGUUUUCGAGUUUGCAUUAGCCAACACAACGGGACAAGAUCUGUACAGGGUGCUUUGGCUUAAGAGCAAAAAUUCUGAAGCAUGGCUAGAACGAAGAACAAACUAUACACGAUCUUUAGCUCUAAUGUCCAUGGUAGGAUACAUUCUUGGACUUGGUGAUAGACAUCCGUCAAAUAUUAUGUUAGAUCGUUACACAGGGAAAAUAGUUCACAUCGAUUUUGGCGACUGUUUUGAGGUUGCAAUGACGCGUGAGAAAUAUCCAGAAAAAAUUCCAUUCCGAUUAACGCGUAUGUUAACAAACGCAAUGGAAGUAAGCGGCAUUGAAGGCAAUUUCCGCACUACCUGUGAGGCAGUAAUGAACGUUUUGCGAAAAAAUAAGGAAAGUCUUAUGGCAGUCCUGGAAGCUUUCGUUCACGAUCCCCUAAUAAAUUGGCGAAUCAUGGCACAUCCAAGUCCACGGCAAGAUGGUGAAAAUCUAAAUGUAGCCGGUGCGAGUAACCGUCGUGCGCGUGACAUUAUAAACCGUAUCUCAAAUAAAUUAACAGGUAAGGAUUUUAAUCCUAACCAAGAGUUGGAUGUCCCAUCACAGGUCGAAAGAUUAAUACAGCAAGCGAGGUCCGUGGAGAAUUUAUGCCAAUGCUACAUUGGAUGGUGUGCAUUCUGGUGA